CCAGUCGUUCAAACCCGCUGACAAGCCUGACGGCUGACGGGGUAGAAGAAGCUAGCGGACACGCAUCAUUAAACCGUCCUGGCUAUUCUUUCUGGUGGAUUAUCUCCUUGGCCGUGUUUGCUUCUGCCUCCGUGCAAUGUUGCUACUUCGGAAGAAUAAAAAUUGAACCGCCGCUGGCAUCAAAACAAAACGGAUGUCAUUGUGGGAAUUAGAAAUGGGAGAGGGUUUGGUGCCUCUCCCUUUUGUAGGAUGGUAGCCAGCAGCACAGUGGAAGGUCAUGACAAGAUCCAUUUGCCAAGCUCCCCCCCUUGUACGCAGUCAGAUGGUCUUCAGCGUUGGUCCAACGCAAGUCCAAGAUCUGUCCACCUGACUCACUUUCGUACCUUCACCUCUAGAGAGGACUGCGACACCAUCACUGACACUGCCGCAAAGCUUGAGCACAGUGGCUUUUACUGGGGCCCUCUGGGAGUGGAGGACGCCCACCGCAUGCUGCAGGACGCUCCCCUGGGAAGCUUUCUAAUCCGCGACAGCCGGCAGAAAAACGUGUUCUUCACGCUGUCCUACAACGCCAAAGGUGGGCCAGUCAGCGUUCGCAUCGACUACAAGCAACACAAGUUCUCGUUGGCGGGCAGUGAGCGCGCCUUUUCGACAGUGUUCGCCCUUUUGGAGCAUUACAUCAGCUCACCCAAGAAGAGUCUGAGCGUUCCGUACAGGAAAUGGCAGCCCACUCUACAGGAGUUGUGCAGGAGGCGCAUUGUGGGGAUUUGUGGUGGAAAGAACCGCCUCCCGGAGCUGCCUGCCACGCAUGUGGUCCAGGACUUCCUGUUGGAGUUCCCUUACAAACUGUGAUCCACCAGUCGUCAAAGGUUUUGACCACGCUAUGUCUCAUUUCAAGUCUGCAAUUCUGUUCAGGUAAAAACAGGUUGGAGGAAAUGUUGAGCGAUGCUGCGUCUCCAUGGCUACAGACCCAACUAGCUGACCCUUCUGUGCUUAAACAAUGUGAAUUGUUCAUAGAGAGACAAAAUUAUGGUGGGCAACUACAGGCAGCUUUCAGUGGCACAGAAAUAUUUCAAACCAUAUCAUCAUCUAAUACCUCGAGUGACUUAACUAGCUGUUGCACAUGGACAGAAGAUCUCAGAGUAUUGGAAAGUGCUGCAUUAAAAGGGAACUACAAGCACAGCAGAGCUAAUAAAAAGAAACAAGGACAUGGAGAUCCAACUGAGACAGGAUCUCUUGAAAGACGGACUUGUAGCCACUUGGAGUCCCAGCAGUGGGAACGCUUGAAACGGUCAGACUAGAUUUUGUAGUAAUUUUAAUACUCUAAUAUGAAGUGUUUACAUAAUGGUGUAAUCUUUGUCAACCCCAAAGGCUCAGAGAUCUGAAUUAAAUGUGGCAUCUGGUAUCCAGUUGUUCUGUAUGCAGAGGUGUCUCGCCUCUAAAAAAUUAAUUCUUGUUUUUACUAUCUCUGCCAAGCAGAUGUAUAAAUCAAAAAUACAUUAUUAUAUUUUAUACUUGGUUUUUGGAAUAAAA